UGGUUGGAGAUGUCAAUAAUCAAUGCCCGUCAAGAUGAGUAAAGAUAAAUUUAACAUUGAGGAUGCAUUUGAAUCAGACGAAGAUGAAAAGAUUCGAGUUUAUGGUUCAACAAAGCAAACGCCAAUUAAAGCUCCGAAAAGCCGAGAAAAAAUAAGCUCAACGUCCGAUGAAAUACCCUUGACAGAGUGUCAGUAUGAUGGGCAGGGCUACAGUGAGCAACAGCUGAUGGGAAGCAGCCAAAAGCAAGGUCAUCCGCUGGUGGGGGCACCUGUUAUCACUGAUCCCAGUGGCUGGUCGGGGGAGACUGUUAUAGCCUCCAGUUCUGCCAAGGAACCACGCUGGUGGAGACAUCCUAAGAUCAAAGAGAACUACAAGACAGUAUGUGGGGCAGUAUCUCUGACUGUUGUGGGAGCAGCCCUGUUUUUGGUUGGUGUUGGUAUAGUGGCAUCUGAUGAUAGAGGUCUUCACUGCUUAGAAUUCUUUAUUGGAGGAGUGUUGUGUCUUAUUCCAGGAGUUUACCAUGUGGUGUACAUUAUUCUAGCAAUAAAUGGAGUUGGUGGGUAUAAUUUGUAUAACCUGCCCGUGUUUAAUACAUAGUAAACACCUCACACCACGUAGAACGGAGAAAUCCCUCAGUACAGUAGACAGGGUGAUUGGUAUGGAAGGUUCAAAUGUGUACAAUAUGUAGAUUGUGUAAAAUUAUAUAGAAAAAUAUGUGUUCACUUUACACUGCAAUAUCAUAUUUAUUAUUUUCUAACUUUAAAAUGGGUGUAUAUUUAAUUUUUGAGAAUAAGUUUGGAAUUUCUUUGUUAUUGUAUAGAUUUUUUUUUACAUUUUUAUUUUAAUAUUAUUAUUAUUUGAUCACAAUAUAUUACAGUUAAGCAUACUUAUAGUGAAGUAACAGAGAUGAACAAUUUUGCCACACACUAUUCAUUAAUAUGAUUAUAUCCGUAAAAUUCACAAUACAAUUUAAAACUAUGGGCACAGAAAAUCACUGCUAUAAGAGUAUUGUAAAUUGAUUAUAAGGUGUUCACUAUAAGGGCAUUAUACUGCAUUACUAGUAUUCAUAUUAUGGCAUAUGCACAUACAUAUAUCACUGUAUUAUACUGACAAACAUAACAAAAUGUUCAUACUAGUGUAUUUUUUGUAAGAAAGAUUUUUUGAAAGGGUAUUAACACAGAGAUCAGUGGAGGUCUUUGUGAGAAAUAUAUCUGUGUGGAUUGUUUACAAGAUUGAGACAUACGUGUACAGGACAAUUUUAAUGUUCUUGAAAACAUUUUUACUUUGUAAGACCAUUUAGACACCAAUUUUGUUAUUUACGUCAUGUUCAUCCCAUAUACCUGAUGUAUAGAUAUGACUUGUGAUGGCCAUUGUCUGUUCUUAAAUCAUUUUUUUUAAUUUCAAAAUGCAUUCAGUAAUUUUUGCAAAUUCACAUCCAGAAAUACAAUAUUUGAUAGAAAAAAAAUACCCAAAAGCAAUUGCAGCACAUCAAGAUGCAAGGUACAUUGAGAUGUUUGCCACUGUGGAAAAAUAUCACUGCAGAAUUUACUUCAAUUUUAGCUUUAACUGAGCAGCAUUUUGAAUAUUAAUGUUCAUGUAUUUGCAAUGUUAUAUUUGUGUUGUUAUGAGGUGACAUAAUUUUUUUCAAAUCUGCUGACAGUCCUUUUGUUUUUCCGUGUCUUUUGGUCUUCUUUGCAGAUAGUCAUAAAAUGGUAUUUAGACAUUCUUUAUGAAUUUAAAAGGAAGGAGAAAUUCAGCAUAUUUUUUAAAGUUUGUUUUUGUUAUACUCAUUCAUAAUCAGCUACAUGCCUGAAUUGCCUUUGUUAUUUUAUUAAUUUUUUUUUUUGAUGGUUGUGAAUAUUUCAAACACAGAUUUACUGGGUUGUCAAAGUAUCACAUUCUCAGAGUAGAGGGGAUUUUUACAGAUCAGAUUGUAUCACAAUAUAUCACUACAAGUAUUUCAGUAUUUCA